CGCUGCUGCCUGACAGUGAAACAGAACCAGUCCGAACAGUUUUUCACACAGACCCCGGUGUUUGCUUGUUGUUUUUAGCGCACCAAUGGAGCAGGACGUAGCGUGUGUAAUCAGUGACAUGUCGGACAUGGUGGUGGUGGAUUUACAGUCCGCCGUUAAAGCCGAGGAAGCAGAGGAAGAGCUGCUAGGAUUGGGGCGAAACCUGCUGAAUAUAAACCAGGCCCUGUUUGAGAAUGAAGACGAUGAGAGCGGAGAGGACAGCGAUGAUGACAGUGGAACGGAUCACGGCAGCGGUGAGAGUUCAGGAACUCGGCUUCAGAGAUGCCAGCGGCUCGGAGAUGAAGGCUGGAAUCUACCCGACACCUUCCAGACCAGCAACCUGCUGUUCUACGAGAGGUUCAAGGCGUACCAGGACUACAUGCUGGGAGACUGUAAGCCCUCGGAGGUGAAGGCGUUCACGGCCGACUACCUAGAAAAGGCGCUGGAGCCGUGCGACUGGUCGGCCGUGUGGAGCACCAACAUCUUCGACGUCGUGGUGGAGGUGGAAGAUCUGGACCUGAAUGAGCUGAAGGCGUGUGUGAAGCUGGCUCUGCCUCUGCAGAGCCAAACCAGAGGCUGUGAGAUCACAGAGGACGCCUUUAACUCCCUGCUGGAGGCGACUCAGCAUAAAGUGCCCCUGCUGGAGCUGCAGGUGGUUUAUAAGGAGUCGGGGGAAUUCGAUCAGACCGCUCUCGCUCUGGAGCACCUUAGAUUUUUCUACAAGCACAUCUGGAGGCAGUGGGACGAGGAAGACGAGGACGAUGACUUUGAUUACUUUGUCCGCUGUGUGGAGCCUCGUCUCAGACUCUUCUACGACGUCCUGGAGGACAGACUCCCUGCUGGGCUGGUGGCAGAGUACCAGUCUCUGCUGCAGAGCUGCUCCCAGUGCUUCCAGCAGUUCUCCGAGUUGCGUAGCGGCCUCAGCGCUGACUCAGACUCGGAGCUGGACAACGUGUCCAUGGUGGAGGGCCUGAAGCUCUACGACCAGCUGGAGAUGUUUAAACGUAGAUUACACAUCAUAGAGAACCCCCUGCUUAGGUAUGUGCUCGCCUACAAGGGAAGCUCCAGGCGGCAGUGCGUGGAGAGCCGGGGGCUCAGAGAGUCGGGGAUGAAGAUGGUUCACGUGGUAACGGGGGUCUGCAGCAGCAUCCAGCUCCAGGCUCUGCUCACUGCACGGCUCACUCCACUCAGCGCCUCAGAGAACACAGAGAUCCAGUUCCACAAAGAUCCGGUGGCAGCAGUGGGCGCCUGUCAUCAGGGUGACGUGGUCAUCAUCCUUCCAGGGACAUACACCGUCAGCAGCUCCAUCUUCAUACCAGACUCCAUCACUAUUGAAGGCUUUGGAUUUCCUGAUGAGGUGGUGAUUGAAAACCGUCACAAAGGCGACUCGUUUGUGGAGUCGACGGGGGCCGACGUCCAAGUGUCCAACAUCAAGUUCAUCCAACACGACGCUGUGGAAGGCAUUCUGUGCGUUCGUCAGGGGACCCUGAACAUGGAGAACUGCGUGCUGCAAUGUGAGACCACCGGCGUGGUUGUGCGAACUUCCGCCCGCCUCACCAUGAACAUGUGCGACCUGUACGGCUCCAAGGGAGCGGGUUUGGAGAUUUAUCCCGGCAGCAUUUGCAGUCUGGUCAACAACGAGAUCCAUCACUGUAAGGAUGGAGUCCUGAUCAAGGACUUUGCCAAUGAGCUGGAUGGGAUGCCGUCCAUCACCAUGGAGAAAAACGUCAUCCACAACAACGAGUGUUACGGGGUGAUUCUGGUGAAACCAGGAGAGGAGCAGAACGUCCACGAGACGGAAGCCGACCCAGCUGGACAAACCGAAGACACGCAGCCGGAGGCAUCAUCAUCAUCAAAGCCAGAAGCUCAUCCCAGCAGCAUCUCUGCAGCCUCUCCUGUUGAGGCAGCAGGGACCGGCUGCACAGACGGCGACGUGGCCUCUGCUAGCGGCAGGAAGUGGCAGUUUGGCCGUCAGCUGAGCCGGAACAAGGAGGUGUCCUGCAGCCGACCGGUCCAGGAUCUGAUGCAGCACCAGAUCUUUGUUUCUGUUCAGGGGAACCAGUUCAAACGUAAUGGGAAGGGCGACUUUGGCGUCUUUUUCUACUGACCUUCACUCCGACUGAUUGAGUCUGACCUUCUUAAAGAACAGUCCUCCAAUGUUUGGACUUUGCACACAUUGUUUCAUCCUGGUUAGUCCUUCUGGGCUCCUGAUGCUGCUUUUUACUAAUGGGUUUAAUAUGUUUUAAUUUUUAAAUUCACUUGUUCACUUUGUUUUUUUGGUGUUUUGACCAUUAAUAAAAAAAAAAGAUUUAGAUCUUGGUGAAUGGUAGGAAGUU